CAGGACACAACAAUGUCACCAGAAUAUAAAACCACGAACAUUCUGAAAGAUGAUCAUUGCUUUUGUAUCGGACAACUAAGCCAUGUCACGGCGAAGUAUAAGAUUACUGACGAGCGGUUAUUACCGUGAUGACGGUGAAAUGAACGAGCGCAGCAGCUCUCACCAUAUGUCUUACCGAGAGAGCCCUGUCAGGGUGUUUAAGAAAAGGACCGGCUCUCGGUCACAGACGACCACACCAUCCCUCUCGCGUACUGCCUCUCAGGCUGCGGCACCCUGUCUCUUCUUCAGCUCUCUGACCUCUAGUGUGGCUUCUGCCCUGAAGGCAGCCACUCAGAGCCAGAGCCAGUACAUUAGCCCCGCCUCCCGCUUCAGUGCGCCCUCUGUGUCUCGCUCCUCCUCCUCUGGCCUUCUGUGUCCAUCUGAGCCAACUGGCACCGGCGGCAGCUGCAGCUCUGGGCGCCCCCUGCUGGACCAGUCGUGCGUGACCUCUGGAUACUCGUCCUCAGAAGGGUGUGAGGCCGACCUGGCCCCCACCUGGAGGAAGAGGAGCAGGCUUCUGAGCAGGAGCCAGCGCACCAGUUCUUCUAGGAUGUUCUCUGGUGAUGCUGAGUCUGUGGACACAAGUUUCACACAAGUGCUGUUCGCUGGUCUAGCCCUGCUCUGCUGCAACUUCUUUGGCCUCCUCAGGGAUGUGCUUCUUCUCAGCAGUUGUGGCCAGCACUUGAGGAAGCCGGCACUGACUGUUCUGACUUUGACCCUUAUUGCUACUGGCUAUUGGUUUUAUUAUCCUGCUCUCACCUCUCUCCUGAAUGUUGCCGAACCUGCCUUGCCUGGAUACAGCACGUCUACCCUCGGCAUAAACACGGACCCAAGGAUCGUGACGGAUUUCAACGUGUUCCGUAAGGAAGUCCUGGACCGCAUCAACCAAGGAGAGGCCAGAUGGAAGGACAGCUGGACUCGAGAACUGAAAGAUGUUAAGCGAGAGAUCGGCCUUCUGCAGAAGGAUGGAGAGAGACACAGACACAUGUCUGAGAUUCUUAGAGGAGAAAUGGCUAACAUUAAAGAUGUGACAAAAAACUACGACCUUCUCCGGCAGACUUGGGUGACUGAAGAGGUCACUGGUGUGGCCAAAAAGGUUACUGAUCUCAAGGACAGUGUGUCGUAUCUCAGAACUGGCCAGAUAAAUCUGGAACAACGUCUGGAUGCCCAAGAUCACACCAAUGCUCAGCUGAAGAAGGAGCUCACUGAUUGGCUGAAGAGAGAGCUCCGGGCGGGACUUGGUCAGGAUACAGGAAGCGUCGUUCUUAGUCCUGAACUGCAGAGGGCGCUGGAGGCUCUGGAGAAGAGGUUGCUCAGGCAUUUGACUGAAGUAGCACACAAGGAAGGCAGUGACAUGUGGAGGACUGUGGGAGAGAGCCUGCAGAAGGAGGGACUUGGAGCCAUCACGGUCAAGGAUGUCCAUGAGAUUGUUCAGAGAGCAUUGAGCCUCUAUAAAGCAGAUGGAACUGGCAUGGCUGACUACGCUCUGGAGUCUUUAGGUGCUGGUGUGAUUGGGUCCCGGUGCUCAGAAACAUACCGCACCAGGUCUCCAUGUUACAGCCUGUUUGGGGUGCCACUGUGGUAUGCUUCAGAGGGUCCACGCACUGUUAUACAGCCUGAGAUGCAUCCUGGGAAGUGCUGGGCAUUUAAAGGCAGUGAGGGGUUCCUCACCAUCACCCUGUCCCUCCCCGUGCACAUCACACACGUCACCUUGGAGCACAUCCCCAAGAGCCUCUCCCCCACCGGUCACAUCGACAGCGCCCCGCGAGAGUUCGCCGUUUACGGCCUGAGUGGCUUUGAUGAGCAGGAGGAAGGGAAGUUCCUGGGUAGAUUCACGUAUGACUCUGAUGGCGAGCCCAUCCAGACCUUUGAGCUGCUGGACUCUGUGAAGGAUGUGUAUGGUGCGGUGCAGUUGAGGGUUCUCAGUAACUGGGGGAACCCUGAGUACUCCUGCGUCUACAGAUUCAGGGUUCACGGCCAGCCACACCCCCACUGAGAGACACAUCCACAUUCCACACACAACCUCAACCUUAUUUUUACUAUUCUGCUCUUGUCCCUUACUUAUAUAAUAAUAAAUAUGUUUGCUCACAAA